UCCCUCUCUCUCCUCCGCCCUCCUUCGCCCUGCUUCUCCUCCCUUUCUCCUCCUCCUGUGGCUGCUGCAGCUGCCAGACCUCGCCAUUUCAGACCCACCAGGCUGCCCUCCCCUGCGCACUCCUUCGCUGCCAGGGCAGGAGAGGGGCGAGCGGCCCAGGCAGAUAGUCACAAUGUUGCAAACAGUUUUCCUAACUGUGCUGACAGUGGUGCUGGUCAAGUCACAGGACACUGAGGAAACUAUCACAUACACGCAAUGCACAGAUGGAUAUGAAUGGGACCCUGUAAGACAGCAGUGCAAAGAUAUUGAUGAAUGUGACAUUGUCCCAGACGCUUGCAAAGGUGGAAUGAAAUGUGUCAACCACUAUGGAGGAUAUCUCUGCCUUCCUAAAACAGCCCAAAUUAUUGUCAAUAACGAACAGCCUCAGCAAGAAACACCAGCUGCAGAAGCAUCGUCCGGCGCCUCCACCGGAAGCGUUGCUGCUAGUAGCAUGGCAACCAGUGGUGUGGUGCCUGGUGGUGGUUUCAUGGCCAGCGCUACAGCAGUUGCUGGCCCUGAAGUACAAACUGGCCGCAAUAAUUUUGUCAUCCGGAGGAAUCCAGCUGACCCUCAGCGUAUCCCUUCCAACCCUUCCCACCGGAUCCAAUGUGCAACAGGCUACGAGCAGAGUGAGCAUAAUGUGUGCCAAGAUAUCGAUGAGUGCACCUCAGGGACCCACACUUGUAGACUAGAUCAAGUGUGCAUCAAUUUACGUGGCUCCUUCACAUGCCAGUGUCUUCCAGGGUAUCAGAAGAGAGGCGAGCAGUGUGUGGAUAUAGAUGAAUGUGCCGUGCCUCCAUAUUGCCACCAAAUAUGCAUGAACACACCAGGUUCCUUUUACUGCCAGUGCAGUCCUGGGUUUCAGUUGGCAGCAAACAACUACACCUGCGUGGAUAUAAAUGAAUGUGAUGCCAGCAACCAGUGUGCUCAGCAAUGCUACAAUAUUCUUGGCUCAUUCAUCUGCCAGUGCAAACAAGGAUAUGAACUGAGCAGUGACAGGCUCAACUGUGAAGACAUUGAUGAAUGUAGAACCUCGAGCUACCUGUGUCAAUAUCAAUGUGUCAAUGAACCAGGGAAGUUCUCAUGCAUUUGUCCUCAGGGCUACCAAGUGGUGAGAAGCAGAACCUGCCAGGAUAUAAAUGAAUGUGAGACCAAUAAUGAAUGCCAAGAAGAUGAAAUGUGCUGGAAUUAUCAUGGCGGCUUCCGUUGUUACCCACGAAACCCAUGUCAAGAUCCCUAUAUUCUAACAUCAGAAAACCGAUGUGUUUGCCCUGUAUCAAAUGCUAUGUGCCGAGAAGGGCCCCAGUCCAUAGUCUACAAAUACAUGAGCAUCCGAUCUGACAGGUCUGUGCCAUCAGACAUCUUCCAGAUACAGGCCACAACUAUUUAUGCCAACACCAUUAAUACUUUUCGGAUUAAAUCUGGAAAUGAAAAUGGAGAGUUCUACCUACGACAAAUAAGCCCGGUGAGCGCGAUGCUUGUGCUUGUGAAGUCACUAUCGGGACCGAGAGAAUACAUCGUGGACCUGGAGAUGCUGACAGUCAGUAGCAUAGGGACCUUCCGCACAAGCUCUGUGUUACGAUUGACAAUAAUAGUGGGGCCAUUUUCAUUUUAGCCUUUUAUAAGAGUCCACCACAGGCAAAGAAUAUUGUGACAUUAAAGCACUAUUUUAUUUAUAGAUAUAUCUAGCACAUCUAUAUCCAGAUAGUUACACUAAGGGAGGAAGUGGGCAUUUAAUCUUUAAGAUUCAAACUUUAUCCUUAUCACUGAGUGUAAAUUAGAAAUUAAUCCACCAAAGAUUCUUCUUGAAGGGAGCUAAGCAUAUAUUAUCUGGUGAAAGUUGGAUUCUUUCCUAUAAAAAUGGGACCAAGCAAUAAUACUGUUCUACAGUGUAUAGAGAAAUAAACAGUUCUACAGACCAUUUCAGGAGGAUUGGCCAUCUUAACAUCAAGAACAAGGAGGAGGGGUUUCUAACUGCUUUGUAAGAAAAAGGAAAAUAGGCAAUAAAGAUAUAUUUCUUUAGAAAAUGAGAAUCUAUCAUGUUUGUGUUGAUCUGCAUUUUAAUGAUAAGUUAAAGGUUCUGUUUUUUGUUUUGCAGUAAAGUAUUACUAUGCAAUAUAACAGUUUCUAUAGAACUCUUAAACUUUAUCAUAAAUGUCACCCACAAUUCCAAGUGAAUCACAUAUUCUCAAAAAUUAUCCCAUUGAGAAGUCUACGAGAAAUAAUAAAGAAAAUAGUACUUUGCAAAACCAUUUUAGAACCCUCCAAAGAAGCAAGUACAUGUAAUAGAAUCCCUGAAGCAAGAAAAGCACCCAAGGUUCAGAAAGAAAUGGAAAGAAGGCAUUUCCCUGGGGAUACUCCUGUUUCUCAGCUUAACUUCCAGCAAGCCUCUAAUUUGCCAGGAAGACGCUAAUCCUUGCUUUGGGCUUUUAGAGGAAGAUAGGGUGGCUCUUUACACUUAAAAUUCAUAUUGACCUCCUACCCAAUUCUGUGAAAAAGUCUUGUUGAUGUAAAAUAGCUGCUCCUCUUUGAUGUAUCACUUUUUAACUAAAAAUAAAUAUUCUUUUAUAUCAUCCAGUUUUCAGAAGUUGUUUUAAUGUGGCCAGUAACAGCUGAUAUAAUUUUUUUUUAUAUUGAGAAAAAUCACUUACAGCUGCCAGAGGAAGAACAACCUUUAUAUUUUAUGUAUUUAAAUAAUAAAGUAGGAGAUGAAGACACACAAAGACUAUUAAAAUCAUGCCAUAAAAA